AUGGGUGCCAUUCCUGAACAAGAUCCCGAGGAGCCCGUCGAGACCAAGCCCUUCAAGUUCGUGACUGCUGGCUACGACGCUCGUUUCCCCCAGCAGAAUCAGACCAAGCACUGCUGGCAGAACUACGUUGACUACCACAAGUGUGUCAACGCCAAGGGCGAGGACUUCCGUCCCUGUCGCCAGUUUUACCACUCUUUCCGCUCCCUCUGCCCCAAGGCGUGGACUGACCGAUGGGACACCCAGCGUGAGGCCGGCAACUUCCCUGCCCGCCUUGAGUAG